CCUAAUUAUAUCAUUUUAGCUCCUUUUUUUAUUCUCUUUCUACAAUAAAACACACGCUCUCUUGUUGUCUCUCUCUACACCGUAACCCUAAUUUCUUGGUUUUCAUAUGGCGGCGGUGACCCGGGAAAGAAAUGAGAGGCCGUAUGAAGACGGAGGAGGUUAUGGGAAAUUUUCAAAAAGGCCGUUUCGAAGGAGUACGCAAACGACGCCGUAUGAUCGUCCUGCGAAGGCUAUCCGAAACCCUAGUGGGAGUGGUAAUGGUUGGUUGUCGAAAUUAGUGGAUCCGGCUCAGAGACUCAUUGCUUCUGGUGCCCAAAGGCUUUUCGCUACUGUCUUUCGUAAACGACUGCCUGCGCCUCCGGUGGUGGCUCCUCCGUCUCAGCCGCCGGAAACGGAGUGGGGGACAGAGGAAAACCGGGGAGUAAUGGAUAAGCGAAAAGGAGCCUUUUCCACAAAGGAUCUUUUUGAAACACAUAGAGCAACCACCAAUGGAUGCAGUGGUCCAAGUGAUGGUUCUGAUAUGGACGGGGUUACUGAACUUGAAGUAAUUCUAAAGCAGAAGACUUUUACCAGGUCUGAAAUUGAUCGAUUGACAGCCCUGCUGCAAUCUAAGACUGUUGAUUUUCCUACUGGAAAUGAAGAGAAGAAAUCUGAAGUGAUUGCUUCAAAAGUUAUGGUCUCUCAAGGCAAAAAGGAGUUAUUGACUACCCCUGUUAAUAAUGGGUUUGAUGGUCGCUUUAAUUCAACACCUAUUGUCAGCUCAAGUGUCCUUGAGGAGGAUUUUGGUUCCCCCACAGAGCUUGCAAAAUCUUACAUGCGUAGUAGGCCCUUAAAAGUUUCACCAUCAAUGCUAGAAUCACAGAGUCAGGCAUUAAGGGAAAAUCCAACAGUUCUGACCAACCAUACAUUUACUCCGAAAUCACCAAUGAUUUCAAUUGCACCGCGUUCUUCUGGCCAUGCUGAGUUUCCUCAGAAUGGUUUUGUGACACCAAGAUCCCGAGGUAGAUUUGCUAUAUACAGUAUGACUCGAACACCGUAUUCCAGAGUUCAUGCAACUACUGGCCUCCAGGGUACAAGAACAGCAAGUGAUGCUUUUGCUGGACCAUCAUCUUCGUUUCAGAAUGCAUGGGAGAACAACGGAUUUUCUGGAUCUAAACAAGGGGCUUCAAAGAGGAGUAGUUCUGUCCUGGAUAAUGAUAUGGGAUCUGUCGGUCCAAUACGUAGAAUUCGUCAGAAAUCUAACCUUCUGCCUAUGUCUGGUACUCUUUCUAUUCGUGGAAAUGGUAUGGUUUCUAAUGCUGCUCAAAGGCUAACCUCAACAGAGAAGCCAGUUUUAGCGGGCGAACCAUUGAAGGAUAAUGGGAAUAGCAAUGUCCAUGGUACCGCUUUUACCCCUGUUCCCUCCAAGUCCAGUGAGAUGGCAUCAAAGAUAUUGCAGCAGCUUGAUGUGUUGGUCUCAUCGAGGGAGAAGUCUCCUGCCAGGUUGUCACCAUCCAUGCUACGGGGACAAGCUCUUAGAAGCCUGGAGGAUGUUGAUUCUUCAAAGUUGCUAGAAAUUGUUAAUGAUAAUAACAAGUUGGAUGCUAAGCCCAACACCUUGCUACCUGAUGCACGAGAGUCUGUGUUUAAAAUGAAAGACAAAAUUGAAGAAAAUGGUCCAAGCAAAUCCAUUCUUCCUUAUGACAAGUCAGCCUCCGCGUUAAAUGGUAUGGGCGCCACAAGUUCAAUGAAGAAUAAUGUGGCUGGAGUCAAAACAACAGCUUUUCCUGUGACGAGCACCAUUGUCCAGUCCCCUCAACAGAAGAAAAGGGCUUUCCAGAUGAGCGCACAUGAGGAUUUUCUGGAGCUUGAUGAUGAUGAUGACUACCCGAAUUGGACUGUGUCUGGUAUGUUGGCUGAAGGGCGAGAAAAGAUUGGUUCUGAAUUGGUUGAAAGAAAAACCAUUGGUGCUGAAGCUAUUGUAUUGGAGAAGUCUCCAGCUCUUUCUGAAGUCAAGUCCCCAUCAACUUCUACACUCAACCAAAAAAAUGCAGGGAUUGAUGGGUCUGUGAUUGCUGAAAAGAGCAUCAGCUUUACAUCUCUAGCGACACCAUUGCCUGCCAUGACUGAUAAGCAGGCUGUAGUAAACCAGAAGUUAGCUUCAAUAUCUGAUGAAGGUGCCCAACCAAACUACUCGAAUGCUUCCCCUCAAAUAUUUAGCUCCAGGGAGAAGGUUGCUUUGCCAAAGGAACCGAAUGGCACCUCCCAAACAUUCCAUUUCAGCAAUAAAACUGGUGAUAAAGUUGCACCAUUUGCAUUUUCUUCCCCAGUCCUGAGUGACCCAUCUGUCCCAAAGCUGGGUCUAUCAUCAGAUGCCAAACCAGAGGGUUUCAGCUUUAAGUCUGUUGCUACUGGUGCUACUGAGUUGGUGACCAGAGACCCUGGACUGGAUAAAACUGAAGAUAAGAGCAGUUUGAAGGAUGAGGGUUCCUUCAGGGCACCUGAAAAUGUGCCUUCUACUUCAACUUCAACUUCAUCUACUGGAGGCCUGUUCUCAUUUGGCAUCGCCUCCAAUGGUUCAAGUCUAAAUAAUGGAUCUCUUGCUUCUACCCCAUCUUCAUAUUCCUCUCCCAGUCCACCUCUACUGUCAAGUAACUUUACUGGUCAAAAUUCAUCCAGCGUCUUUGCCAACAGUGUUGCUAGCGGCAGUAUUAAUGCCAUUACCACCGCAGUUACAAUGGCGAACUUUGACGGGAAUAGCAACUUCUCUAUUUCAGCAUCAGCACCUUCCUUGACGGCUACACCUAUUUCCAAAAUUGGGUCUGUCCCAUCAACUUCAGCCUCAACAGUGCCAUCUACUAUUGAUGAAACAACAGAAGCAAAAACAAAAGAACCAGGCUUUGGCAACCCAGCUAGUGGAGUUGGCAGUGUUUUUGGUGGUACAUGUUCUGGAAUUACAAGCACAGGUGGCAAGACCCCUGCAGCUACCAGCAAAGGAAAUAGUUUUUUUGGUGGUACAUUUCCUGCAGUUACGAGCUCAGGAAGCAGCGUUUUGAAUGCUAUAUCUUCUGCUUUUACAAGCACAGGAAGUGGUCCUUUUAGCUUGAAUGCUGGGAGCUCAACUUCAGCUGCUACUAAUCAAUCUCAGGGUUUUAAUCCUUUUAGUGCUAGCAGUGCUCAGGUUUCUGCUGCUGGAACUGGAAUGGGAACUGCAACACAGACCAUGCCGAUGCAAUUUAGUUCACCUGCAUCAACUCCUUUUGCUUUGACUGGGAGUACAGCCUUUUCUUCUGGCAGUCCCACAUUUGGCUCUUCUUCUACAUCUAAACUGUUCAGUUCUGGUGCUUCUUUUGGACUUACCUCUUCUACUACCUCUUCAGAGUCCAUCUCUGUUAGCUCCAUUGCAAGCCCUGCAUCUACUGUCUUUGGUUCCAACUGGCAGGCCCCAAAAUCUAUGGGAUUUUCAACAUCCUCUUCUUCCUCGACUCCGUUUGCCUUUGGAGCAACUUCUAAUGCUGUUACAAGCAGCAGUGCAUCCGUGGGAUUUGCCCCCAGUGUCUCAUCUGGUCCUGCUUUCCCCUUCAGUUCACCUGCAUCCACUACUCCAUCACAGCCUGUGUUUGGCAACCCAAAUCCUGGCUUCAGGUCUGGUUCAUCUCCAUCUGGUAAUAAUGACCAAAUGAGCAUGGAGGACAGCAUGGCAGAGGACACAGUUCAGGCAACCACCCCUUCAGUUCCUGCAUUUUUCCAACAACCUGCUGCCGCCCCUGGCCCUUUAUUUGAUUUUUCUACUCUGCCAGGAGGGAAUCAGUUUACUUUGACAGGUUCAUCAGGUGCAAAUCCCUUUCAAUUUGAAAGCCAACCAAGUGUGGCUGCGCCACAGAACCCAGCUUUUCAGGCUUCUGGUAGUCGGGAGUUUAAUGCUGGAGGAAGCUUCUCAUUUGGUGCAGGUGGUGGUGACAAGUCUGGUAGAAAAUUUGUCAGGGUAAAAAAAACACAGCGCAAGCGGUGAAGACACCACAGGGCUGAAGUUUGGUUUCUUUGUUUGAUUUGAUGAGAGAUACACAGCAUGAUUUGCUGUUUCCUAGGUUGCCCACCAAUCGUUCAGUUAUACAAAGGUAAACGUACCUUUUCAGGCUCCGGAGAUGUGCCUGAUUCUGCUUUACUUAUUUGGUCUUCUUGUUUGUCAGGACGGAUUUGGUCGGUAGGAAGGUGGGCUUAUGUAGCAAUUUUGUACCUUCUUCUUAGCAAACCACCCUAAGAAAUUUUACACUGCACUACUACUAGAGGUAGCUCAUAGGAUUAUAGUAGGGUAAAUUUGCUUGUCACCACCAUUUUCGCUGUACUCUGUCACAUGUAACAUAAACAGAGAAUCAUAUCAAUUUCUUUGAGAAAGUGUCUUCUCUGGUUCUGAGCAUCAGGGUAUUUACAAUAACCAUGGUUUUAUUUUUC